AUGGCUGUUCAGAACGGUGAGCCACCGCUGUAUGAUUCCGUAACAAACGGGUACGUUUACGGGCGUUGGCGGGAGCCCAUCCAAGCUGAGGUGACUUUCACCGGACUAGGUUGCAUGGAAAAGCUGUGGAAUCUAAAGCAGUUUGAUUAUACAUCCAUCAGCACAGACCAGUAUUUCAUUGGUUUUGCUUUGGUCAAUCUUCAGUACGUCAGUGAAGUCUUUCUUUACAUUGUCGAUAAGCAGGAGGAUCCAAGCAACAAGUUUGAUUUUGACUCCCUCGUACCAGGCGGUGCCGGCGUCCGCUUGAGUGCAUCGUCACACUCAGGCUGUUCUGAAGGCUACAACCCUUUCCCAGCAAUGCUCAGUCCUUAUCUUAUCAGAAAGUGUUGGGAUGAGCGUUCUAGGAGUUGGAACAUUAGUAUUGACCUCACAGCACGUCGCGACAAGACACGGGAGAGCCACCACAUCCAAGUUGAGGUCACAAUGAAAGAGCGAGACGCCAUGGCGUUUGUAUACCCAAUUGAAGACAGGCGGCCGGCAUAUGUACACAAGGGGGCAGGUUUGCCUGUUACUGGCUUCGUAAGCAUCGACGGAAAGCAUCACAGUUUCGUCAACGGUCUUGGCUCUUUGGACUGGACGUACUCCUUGGCCAAGCACGAGACCAGGUGGAAAUGGGUCUCACUCUCAGUGCGAGCUCAAGUUGAUGGCAAAGACGUAGACCUAGGAAUCAACCUGAGCGAGUGGGUGUACGAUGUGCCUGAGCAUGGCUCUGUCGAAAACGCAGUUUGGAUUGAUGGCACGGUGCACCCUGUCGAUGGUAUCGUGGACAUCGUGAUCCCUGAUCGAGAUUUACUCGCGGAUGCAUGGCUCGUGAAAUCUCGGAAGGAGGCCAAGGUCCAACUUGACCUGACCUGUAAACCCCUUGGCUUCCGUGCGGUCGAAGUGAAUGCGGGCGUUCUGGCCAACAAUUUCGUACAGCCCUACGGGAUCUUCGAGGGCUCCGUGCUGUUGCAGGAUGGCCGAAGAGUGGUGGUCAAGGAUGCCAUGGGCGUGGUAGAAAGGCAUCAUGCCAGAUGGUGA